UUCAAACGUCUUUACCAAACGAAGGGACCUUGAUACAUCCACCAUGGCCGACCACACCCUUGAUGAGCUGAAUGAACAUGGGCUAACAGGCGAAAACAGCACCAAUUUGAACGGAGCCUUCACAGUCAAGAAGAUAGAAGAUCUCCUACCCAUUCCACAGGGUUUGCCUAAUCCCAAGUUCCCCUCCAAAACCGAGUGUAGCUCAACACCCUCGGCCUUGGAGGUCGAGCUUCAAAUGCUUGAACCGAUUUGGUUUGAGGCCGUGUGUCGGGAAAACAAAGGGGCCACGGUUGAGCAAAUCCAAAUUCUGGUGGAUAUCAAGCUUCAACAAGUGCGACAAUUGAUCCCUGCGCGUUGGAUGGCCGAGAAGACAUUCAAAUCCCAUUGCCAAAUGUUGGAGCAAAUCCACGAUAGUCUCGCUCAAGUUCUGACCACCCUGCAAUCCAAUGAAAUCGUUUACAGCUCGGCCAGAAUUGAGGAGUAUCAAGCCCAACGAGCCAUCCAGGAUUGGUCCACUUCGAGGCAACCCGAUUUUGAGGCCAGCUAUCAAGAGGCCUCUCGAGCUUGGUACAAACCCGGCAACGACCCGCUCACCACCCCCUUUACUUGUAUUCGAGACAAGUUUGGCAGUUUGAUUGCCCGUUAUGAGUACGAGAGAUCGAUCCGACCUGCUUUAGGUGGUGGCGAUGUUGGCAGUGGCGGCUCUCCGAAUAACAGUGAACCCACCCCUUCGUGCCCAACCUCGUGCCCUGUGACAAUGAAACAAUUCAAUGUGAGCACAAGGAUCGAUCGUUUUGAAGGCGAUCUCAAAGAUCCCAAUGUGAUGGCUAUUUUUACUCGUUGGAAGAGCCAGUGGGAGGCUCUCGUUGAAGAGAUGAAGACUCUUCCUGGUUUUGAUACGGUCUUGCUCUUCGACAAGUUGCAACAAGUGUUGUCUCCAUUGGCCUUAAAAUCAGUGUUUCAUCAUCCUCCUGCUUCUCCACACUCCUACGAAGCUGCCAUGAAGGAUCUUUGCAAUAAAUUCGAGGACCCAAUGGCCGUGGUCACCCUCUUCAUGAUUCGAGGUCUCACCCGACGGAGUUCGUCAUUGAAGCAAUUGCAAUACGUCAAGGAGUCCUUUAAUUGGCUUCAAAACGUCAAGAGCACGUUUCAACUCGAGAAUGUGGACGUUUUCAGCUUUGCCCUCAAUAGCACCUUUGUCAAGGCCUUGUCCCGGGAUAUGAUUGCCAAAUGGGAGCAAUACAAGAUUCAGGUGAAGCGUGACUAUCGAUUGAAGUGCGAGGCUGCCAAGAACAGUGGAGACCCGCUCCCGGAAUGGAAAUGUGGCAUGGUCGAGAAUUACGACCAAUUCAAGGCCUGGCUUCGUCUUCAGAGUGCCCAGCUCAAGCAAUCCACGUCUCGGAAAAGGCCAUCCUCCCCUUCCAUGACCGAGACCCAACCUCCAAUGAAGAAGCGAUUGAAUGAAUCAAGUUGCUUUAUUUGCGACCCCGUCAGUCCAAGUCACCGUGUGAGUGCAUGCCGUAGAGCACUGUCCAUGCCCCUUAAAGUGUGGAAGAAGGUCUGUCAAAAUCGCUCCUUUUGCUUUAAGUGUGCCGACUUUCUAUAGGAUGGCCACCAAUGUGACGUGAAGUGCCGUCAGUGUCUUGGCAAGCGGGAUAAGAUUGAUCACCAUAUUGUCAUGUGUCCCUUGAACAAAUCCAGAAGUGCUCCCUUGGAGAAGCAUCGAGUUGGUCGUCAACCAUUUUUCAAGAAGAACGACGGAUCAACAAUGUCAACAAAGUGUUGAUCUAGUCUCUGCAAGGACUGUGGGGUCGGUCACCUGUGGGAAAUGGGGAUGGGAACUGACGGGCCCCAAGAGGAAUAAGAGACGAGACCGGACUCCGGAUGAGCUGAUUCGGGAUCAAUUUUGCGAUGUGAAUGCGAUGAAAUGCAAAUCAAAGCCACAACCUUUCCUACAUAUGUACAUGUAUGUAGCAGAAACGAUAAAUGAAGAAAUUGGAAGCAUG